GCUGCUGUUCCGAAUUCAAUUAUAGCUGCACUUCAAACAGAUUCGGCUGGAGUGGUCGAUAGGAAAUAUACGGGCAGCACGUGCAUUACUAGACCAUCGAUCAAUACCCGGACCCACUCACCAUCAGCUCAACCCGUUUGUACCGCUCCGUGAUUACCACUGUCACACUAUCAAGUAGGACCGUAUCUUCAUUGCACGGCCAAACUACAAAGCUAUCAUCAUGCCCUGCAGAACGUGCGGCCAAGACUGCAAAUGUUUGCGCAUGAUGAGUAAGCGCAGUUGCGGCGCUCGGGUGUGUGAUUCCGGUUGCACCUGCAGCUGUAACACCAGCUCGAGUAGGUGCCUCGGUUCGGGGCAGGUCGGAAGCGACGACCGACGGCAGGACGAGUCGGGGCAACUGCAGCCUAGCCAGGGUGGAUGUGGAUGUACCGGUGGUGGUCAGAUCAAUGAGGAGGGCACGAGCGCGACGGUUGGAUGUGGUGCUUCCUGUUCCUGUUAGAUGCUGGGGACUACGAACCCCAACAUUAGAUUUGAAAGAAUAAAACGCACGUACA